GUCACGAACGUCACCACAUACGUCAUCAACAGGGGCCUCGACACGCGCUUCGAAGCCUCGAUACGGACGGACACACCACUACCUGCUGGAUCUCAGAGACCAGGACCGAGAGCGGGAUGGAGGAGGACAACCAGGACCCGGAGCCCCGGAGCAACAACGUCCCCGGAGGACAAACAGCAGGCUCGAGCUCUGAUAGCACCGAUGUUCAGAAGCGGAGCGGAAGAGAGGGAAUCAGACGUCACCGGUGUCGGCACUGUGACAAAUCCUUCAAAAGAUUGGACUCUUUAAAGAUUCAUCAGAGAGUUCACACUGGAGAGAAACUGUACAGCUGUGACCAGUGUGGGAAAACUUUCACUACACCAGGUGCACUAAAAGUCCACCAACGUGUUCACACUGGAGAGAAACCAUACAGCUGUGACCAGUGUAGGAAAGCUUUCACUACAGCGGGCCACCUAAGAAUCCACCAACAUGUUCACACUGGAGAGAAACCUUACAGCUGUGACCAGUGUGGGAAAGCUUUCAAUCAUUCAAGUACACUAAAAGUCCACCGGGCUGUUCACACUGGAGUUAAACCUCACUGGUGUGAACAAUGUGGGAAAACUUUCAGUAAGUCUGAUAAGUUACAAAACCACAUGCGUGUUCACACUGGAGAGAAGCCGUACUGGUGUGAACAAUGCGGAAAAACUUUCAGUAGGUCCGAUCAAUUAAAAAUCCACCAACGUGUUCACACUGGAGAGAAACCACACUGGUGUGAACAGUGUGGAAAAACUUUCACUCAAUUAGGUCACCUAAAAAUCCAUCUGCGUAUUCACACUGGAGAGAAACCAUACUGGUGUGACCAGUGUGGAAAAACCUUCGCUUCAUCAGGUGAACUAAAAAGCCACCAACGUGUUCACACUGGAGAGAAACCGUACAGCUGUGACCAGUGUGGAAAAACCUUCACUUCAGCAGGUGAACUAAAAGGCCACCAACGUGUUCACACUGGAGAGAAACCGUACAGCUGUGACCAGUGUGGAAAAACUUUUGCUCAUUCAGGUGUCCUAAAAAAACACCAACGUGUUCACACUGGUGAGAAACCCCACUGGUGUGAACAGUGUGGAAAAACUUUCACUCAAUCAGGUCACCUAAAAAUCCAUCUGCGUAUUCACACUGGAGAGAAACCUUACAGCUGUGACCAGUGUGGAAAAACUUUCACUCAAUCAGGUCAUCUGAAAAGCCACCAACGUGUUCACACUGGUGAGAAACCUUACAGCUGUGACCAGUGUGAAAAAGCAUUCAUUUCAUCAAGUAACCUAAAAGCCCACCUGCGUGUUCACACUGGAGAGAAGCCGUACUGGUGUGAACACUGUGGGAAGACUUUCACUACAUCAAGUGAGCUAAAAAAACACCAACGUGUUCACACUGGAGAGAAGCCGUACUGACAAGCAUUCACACAGCAUCAAUUAAUUUUAUUUUUUUUAAGCUAAGCUAGCUCUUUCCUCCUACUCUCCUCCUCAUUACCCUCAUUACAACCACCUGUUUAUAAUGUGACUGUGCUGGAUUAACAUCAUGGUUAGCGCUCCUUCACUAAUAAACACAGCAUUAGCAGUAAUAUGUUGGGCAGUAAUACUGUAAUAUUACUUUUCCCAGUAAAGAAUAGUGUGACGGAUUACUAUUUCCAAAACAGUAAUGUUAUUACAGUUAUUAAUCAUAUUAAGGCUGCCAUACUGUAUGGACCAUCCCUGACGUGAAUGCGCUGCAGCUCAGCGGCAUCGGACCUUAUCCGCUAUUAGCCAAAAAGGAAGACGGGAGAACAGGGAGGAGAGGUAU